AUGAGCGGAGCCCUCGCUGGCCUGGCUCAGUACAUCGAUUCAGACUCGGACGCGGACGAUGCGUCGAAUGCCGCAGCACACCUGCCCACCACCACCACUAGCUCGAAAGCCAAUGUGGAUGCAUCCGACCCCGACAGGCUGAAGCUGACCACUGCUCCGACUCGACCAAAGAGGAAGCUGCCUCCGCUCGAGCAAGAUUCAGAGCAGCAGCAAUAUGACGGUGACGCACCAUCGGAUCGCAAUUCGGCGAGGAUCGUUCGCGGAGAGUGGCUCUGCUUCUGCUAUGUCGAGGUCCUCAUCGAUGCAUCGUUGAACAGCUGCAUCGAUCGCUGCCACCGACAUUUGCAAGAGCAGCUUGGAUCAGACUAUUCCGUGAUCGAUCUACGAAAUAGCGACGGCUCCAUACCUGAUGAUGCAGAAGAAUUUGCUAAGCUCUCAAUGGCCAGGACUUCGUCUCCGCCCUCGACGACGCAGCGACUGCACGUCUCCCUGACUCGUCCGUUCACUGUUCGAAGCUACGAACGCGACGACUACAUCAAAACCGCCCUCGCACAAGCGCACAAGCUGCGCACCACCAUCGCAAGCUUCCCCUUCACCUUCUCCCGCAUCGCUCACCUUUCCAACGACGACGCUUCGCGGCACUAUCUCGUUCUCGAGGUUUCAUUUGGACGUGAAAAAUUCCACCAGCUUUCGAUGGGUCUGAGCACCGAGCUGCGCAGAGCGUUUCGUGCCAAAUCCUACUACAACCAGGCCCGCUUCCACGUCAGCACUUCCUGCGUCCCAUCUGUUUCGACAGAUUCCAAGGAGAAGGAAGAGGAGUCGCUGGAAGACCGAUUCGGCACCAUCGCGGAUGAAAUCGAAGCAAAGUGCGGUGACCAACUGCGAAAAUGUCCACCACUCUGGGCCAGUCGCAUCGGCAUACAGGUCGGAAACAGAGUCACCUAUGUAGACCUUUGA